AUGUCGGCCGACAAGAUGGCGGAGCCAGCACCAGACCUGCAUCUCAAGCCUUCAUCAGCUAUCGUUGGUGUCCGCAUCAUCAACACCACCUCUUGGAUCUCACUCCCAACAAAGCUCUUCUUCGGACCCCAUAUCAAGGGUUUCGAUCAGCUCUCGGUCCCUUCCUAUAGCUUCCUGAUCGAGCACCCUUCCGGCCGCAAAUUGCUUUUCGAUUUGGGCGUACGAAAGGACUGGGAAAACCUUUCACCAGUCACCCUUGGCAUGAUCGAGCAAAUUCGCCCAGCCAAGAUAGACGCGAAGAAAGGUGUGCGGGAGCAACUAGAAGAACACGGGGUGUCCGGUUCAAGUAUUGAGGGAAUUAUCUGGUCUCACUGGCACUUUGACCACACCGGAGACCCGUCGACCUUUGAUGCGCACACGGCCUUGAUUGUCGGCCCCGGGUUUAAAGACGCACUCACGCCCGGCUAUCCAGCAAAUCAGGACUCUGUAAUUCUAGAGUCUGACUACUCUGGCAGAGAGCUCCGGGAGAUCCAAUUCAAGCCGGGAAAUAGGAUCGGCCGUUUUGAAGCGUUCGAUUACUUUGGCGACGGAUCAUAUUAUAUUCUCAACGCGCCUGGCCAUACUAUAGGUCAUAUUUGCUCUCUGGCCAGAGUGACCAGCAACCAGCACUACAUCCUCAUGGGAGCAGACACUGCUCAUCAAGCGGGCCAAUUCAGACCGUCUAUCUACCUGCCACUUCCUGACAGAAUCUUACCACACCCACUGGACAUUCGCUCAGCCACCCCGUGCCCAGGCGCUCUCUUCGAGCAUCUCCUCCGGAACGGUGAUAAGAGCCCUUUUUUUGAUAUUGCCAAGGAUGGUGUUGCUUUCGAUGCCGAUGAGGCACAAGAAUCCAUAGGCAAGCUGCAGGAAGCCGAUGCUCAUAGCAACAUCCUGGUAGUAUUGGCUCAUGAUAAGAGUCUACUUCCUUGGGCCACCUUCUUUCCCGAGUACGCCAAUGAUUUCAUAUCAAAGAAUUGGGCUGGAAACGGCCGCUGGGCAUUUUUGAAAGACCUCGAGGAAGCAUUGGAGUGA